AGCGGCAAUGAUCCUAACGUCUUGGCUAAGGAGUCACCGCAGACGGUGCCUCUUCCUCGCUCUCUGCUUGCCUCUCCUCCUCCCGUUCCUCUGUGCCACUUUCCCUCUCCUCUGCGCCAUCGAAAUCUGCCUCCGCCUGUGCCGGCGGCAGCGGAGGAAUAGACUGAAGACUGCUCCGCCGGACGACUGCCUGGAUCCUGGCGGCGAGGGGCUCCGAUGCUGCGAGGAAGGUGUCGGCGGUGGUGGAGGUGAUGAAGUGGUGCUGUUGCAGCGAUAUCUUGAAGAUCAAUUAUUCCUGGUUGUUGGAUCUGUGUAUGAUUGCGGUAUCCUUUUUUUUUUUUUUUUUUUUAAUAUCAAAUGAAGUGGAACAUUUCAUUUCUGUUUAAUUAUUGAUACUUAAUUAAUUCCUCUUUUAGUGAAAUUUGGAGUUUAUUAUAUUCUCAAAUCUGCAUGUGUGAAGAGCUCAUUUCCAACAAUUAUAUAUAUAUAAUAAUAAUUAAUUUUUAAUUUUUAAUUUUUAAUUUUAUAACUUUUUUAAUUUUAAUAUUUUUUUACUUAUUUUUAAUUUUUAAAAUUUUUUAUUUAUUUUUAAAUUUUUUAAAUUUUUUUAAAAGAAAUUUCUAGAGAAAGAAACUUAGAAAGAGGGAAUUGAUGAGAGACAAAUUUAGAGAGAGAG